AUGCACCUCACACACCCCCUGACCCUCUUCCUCCCCAUCCUCCUCUCCCACCAAGUACAAGCCCAAUCCACAUCCACAGGCUCAACAACCCGCUACUGGGACUGCUGCAAACCCUCCUGCGCCUGGCCCGGCAAGAUCCCCGCCUCCUCCCUCGCCGCCGGCCCCGUGACGACCUGCGACCGCAGCGACAACCCCCUCUCGGACGGCGGCGCCACGCGCAGCGGGUGCGACUCGGGCGGCGGUGCCUACAUGUGCAGCGCCCAGUCCCCCUGGGCCGUCUCGGACGACCUGGCCUACGGCUUCGCCGCCGUGCGCGUCUCGGGCGGGACGGAGGCGCAGUGGUGCUGCGCGUGCUACGAGCUGACCUUCACGAGCGGCGCGGUGGCGGGGAAGAGGAUGGUUGUGCAGGCUACGAAUACGGGGGGCGAUUUGGGGCAGAAUCAUUUUGAUAUCGCGAUCCCCGGCGGCGGCGUGGGCCAAUUCAACGCCUGCACGGAUCAGUACGGAGCGCCGGCCAACGGGUGGGGCCAGCGGUACGGCGGCGUCAGCUCCCGCGCCGAGUGCGACGGGUUCCCCGCGAAGCUCAAGGCCGGGUGCUACUGGCGCUUCGACUGGUUCAAGGGCGCCGAUAACCCGAGCGUCUCCUUCCGCCAGGUGACUUGUCCGGCGGAGAUUACCAAUAAGAGCGGCUGUAGGCGCCAGUGA